GAACCCUUCCACCCUCCACCUCACACCUUUCUCUCACCACGACUAAUUGCUGCGAAGGGCUGUAGCGGUAUCUGAAGCUGUCAUCAUGAUAUCCACUCGUUCUUUCGUUGCGCCUAUGCGCCAAUGCCUUCGACAGGCUCGCGCAACUCCCAUUCGGAGCCCAGCGUUGGUCCAGACUCAAUCCAGGUCAUAUGCUGUUCCUUCGGAGAGCAGAGUCGCUCAAUUCAACGGAACAAAGGGCAACGAUGGUAAAUACACCGUCAGUCUAAUCGAGGGAGACGGCAUUGGACCAGAGAUUUCACAAUCUGUAAAAGAUAUCUUCGACGCCGCAGGAGCACCGAUCAAAUGGGAAUCUGUGGACGUCACGCCGCGACUGAAGGACGGUAAGACUGUGAUUCCGGACGAGGCCAUCGAGAGCAUCACGAAGAACUUUGUCGCACUCAAGGGACCCCUCGCAACACCCAUUGGCAAGGGCCACGUCUCGCUCAACCUUACCCUCCGCCGCACUUUCAACCUCUUCGCAAACGUUCGUCCUUGCAAGUCUAUUGCCGGCUACAAGACCCCCUACGACGGCGUUGACACUGUCCUGAUUCGUGAGAAUACCGAGGGAGAGUACUCUGGUAUUGAGCACGUCGUAGUCGACGGUGUUGUGCAAAGUAUCAAGCUUAUCACUCGAGAGGCCUCUGAGCGUGUCCUCCGGUUUGCCUUCCAGCAUGCCGAGGAGAUUGGCCGGACAAAGGUACGCGCCGUCCACAAGGCCACCAUCAUGAAGAUGUCCGACGGUCUAUUCCUCAACACCGCGCGCGAGAUCUCCAAGGAGUUCCCCAACAUUGAAUUCGACGCGGAGCUUCUAGACAACACAUGCUUGAAGAUGGUCACCGACCCGACGCCUUACAACGACAAGGUCUUGGUCAUGCCUAACCUGUACGGAGACAUUCUGUCCGACAUGUGCGCUGGUCUGAUCGGUGGCCUCGGUCUUACUCCCUCCGGUAACAUUGGCGACGAGUGCUCCAUCUUCGAAGCCGUCCACGGCUCGGCUCCUGAUAUCGCUGGCAAGCAGCUUGCCAACCCUACCGCUCUGCUCCUGUCCAGUAUCAUGAUGCUUCAGCACAUGGGUCUCCACGAACACGCCAACAAGAUCCGCGAUGCGAUCUUCAAGGUCCUUGCCGAGGGCAAGACCAUCACGGGUGAUCUCGGCGGCUCAGCAAAGACGUUCCAGUAUGCGGAUGCAGUCAUCAAGGCUCUAUAGGCUCUUUCUUCUCCUUCAAACUCGGAUUCUCCUUGGCUUCUUAAACAUAACGCGCGCAUAUGGCAGUAGACGAACGAACGAACGGAAGGAACGGAGGGGUAUGAUGGGAAUGAUGCAUCUUGUUGAUAUGUACUGCGUGGCCUCUUAAAUAAAGACUGUACUAUACCUGGCACGGAGUGUUUCCCCCUCCAACCCAGGCCUAGACCUUUAGCGAUGAAUACAUAUACAUAUAUAUACAUACACCUACUCGUACACGUUUCUGCUCCACACACCUACUCCCACAACUACACA